GCUGUGGGCUCCAGCAUCCAAACAGCUACUAGGUAGAGAAGCAAAAGAGUAUUUAUCGAUCCAUUCAUCCUUCAUCCGUCAUCCAUUAAGACACCGAAAUGACCACCAGCAGCUCACAGAGAAACAUGCAUCUGUCUUCCAUUCUGCUCUUCGGCCUUCUCCUCAUCUUAAACCUGCCGUUGUCCAGUGCAUAUCCCAUCAGCAGUGGCUUGAGUGAUGCUGAUGUGGGCACCUUAAAAGUGCUUCUUCAUAGACUGGAGGAGUCAAUUUCAGAGCAGCCUACAAUGGACCAGAGAAACCCUGCAGAUAAGGACAGUCUGGAAGGACUGAGUGAAGAGAAUGCAGCAGAUAGACCUAACCCACAACCUGAACUGGAUGAGGCAGUCAUCAGGGAGUUUUUGUCAGCCAAAAACCUGAAGAGUCUCCGAAAUGACUCAUCCAGGAGAUCCUCUGGUUGCUUCGGGCGACGGAUGGACAGAAUAGGUUCCAUGAGCUCUUUGGGGUGCAACACUGUUGGCAGGAACAAUCCUAAGUAAAGAUGAAGUCUUACCAUCUAAAUCCUGGAACUACAACAACUCUAUCAAAAGUUAUUUUUCAUUGAAUGCUAUUUAUUUACUAAUAUUUAUUGGAUAUUGUUUGUGGUUUACAAGAAUAUUUAUGGAAAAUGGAUGUUCUUUAUGUACUAUACUAUUGAAUGUUUUAAUAAAUGUUUACAAGUGCAUAACAUUAAACCCAGUAUGGUUUGCUGUUUGCAACAAAAAGUCACUUGCACUCAACAUUUUUACAUCUGAAAUGAUAUAAGACACUA